AUGAGGAGCAACGAACGCGCAGCCAGGGUAACAGAUGCAGCCACGGCAACAGAUGCAGCCACGGCAACAGAUGCAGCCACGGCAACAGAUGCAGCCACGGCAACAGAUGCAGCCACGGCAACAGAUGCAGCCGCAGAGGCAGCCACGGCCGCAGAUGCAGCCACGGCAACAGAUGCAGCCACGGCAACAGAUGCAGCCACGGCAACAGAUGCAGCCACGGCAACAGAUGCAGCCACGGCCGCAGAGGCAGCCACGGCCGCAGAGGCAGCCACGGCCGCAGAGGCAGCCACGGCCGCAGAUGCAGCCACGGCAACAGAUGCAGCCACGGCAACAGAUGCAGCCACGGCAACAGAUGCAGCCACGGCAACAGAGGCAGCCAGGGCCGCAGAGGCAGCGGCAAGGGUGGGCCGCAUGCAGUACAUGUGUAGAGGAAUGUCCCAUCCAUAUUGUAGUCGGUGA